AUGCUCUCGACGGCCUUCAAGCGACCCCUGCUCUCCGCCCUCGCCAGACUCGCCCCGCCCAGCACCGCCCCGCUCCUCCGGCCAGGCCCAAGCCACCCGCACCGCCCCCUCUCCAGCUCAUCCACCCCGCCUGCCGCCUCAGCCUCAACCCCGCCCGCGAGCCUCCCCAACGUCGUCGAGGACUUGCACGGCCAAUCCGCCGAAGCCAUCCUCGCCGAAGGCCAGGGCAAGAAACAUGGCACAAUGAGACACUUCACCGUUAACUUCGGACCCCAGCAUCCCGCCGCUCAUGGCGUCUUGAGGAUGAUCCUCGAGAUGAAUGGCGAAGAAAUCCUGCGCGCAGAUCCACACAUCGGGCUGCUCCAUCGAGGCACCGAAAAGCUGAUCGAAUACAAGAAUUACACCCAAGCCUUGCCCUACUUCGACAGGUUGGAUUACGUGUCCAUGAUGACCAACGAGCUGUGCUACUCUAGAGCCGUCGAAAAAUUGUUGAACAUCGAGGUGCCUGAUCGAGCCAAAUGGAUCCGAACGAUGUUUGGCGAAAUCACCCGAAUCCUCAACCAUCUCAUGGCCAUCCUCACUCACGCCAUGGAUGUCGGAGCUUUGACGCCAUUCUUAUGGGGAUUUGAGGAGCGAGAGAAGCUGAUGGAGUUUUACGAGCGAGUCUCGGGUGCCCGCCUCCAUGCGGCGUAUGUCCGCCCGGGGGGAGUAGCCUUCGACUUACCGCACGGAUUGCUCGACGACAUCUUUACGUGGGCGACGGCGUUUUCGGACCGGGUGGACGAGUUUGAGGAAGUGUUGACGGAGAACCGGAUCUGGAAGGAGCGGACGAUCGGGAUCGGGAAGGUGUCGGUGACCGACGCGCUCAACUACGGCUUCUCCGGCGUCAUGCUCCGCGGCUCCGGCGUCCCGUGGGAUAUCCGUAAGAGCCAGCCCUACGACGCCUACGAUCAAGUCGAAUUCGACGUGCCUGUCGGAAAAAACGGCGAUUGUUACGAUCGCUACUUAUGUCGAACCGAAGAAUUCCGUCAAUCUCUACGGAUCAUCCAUCAAUGUCUGAACAAAAUGCCAGCAGGCCAGAUCAAAGUAGACGAUUAUAAGCUAACACCGCCGCCCCGAGCGACGAUGAAAGAGUCGAUGGAGGCCCUGAUCCACCACUUCAAGCUCUUCUCGGAAGGCUACAAUGUCCCCCCGGGCGAGACUUACUCAGCCAUCGAGGCUCCCAAGGGCGAGAUGGGCGUCUAUCUCGUCAGCGACGGCUCCAACCGUCCCUACCGUUGCCGCAUCCGCGCCCCUGGCUUCGCCCAUCUCGCAGGCGCCGACUUCAUGUCCCGACACCACUUCCUGCCAGAUAUGGUCGCGAUCAUCGGGACCAUGGAUUUGGUGUUCGGAGAAGUCGACCGAUAA